AAACAUGGCACCUGACGUCGGUGUGCUUUGAUUCUGAGCACGCGUAGAUUCGGGAACGGUUCCUGUCGCGCGCGCCAAUGACGUCGCUGGCACGCUGAGAGGGACGCGGCGGGAGGCUGGAGCUGGACACGUGGGGAUGGAGCCGGCUCGGGGCGUCACGGCCAGGAGGCGGCUGCGGAGGAGCCGGAGGCUGCAGGCGCAGGGGCUAGAGCCGGCGCCCGAGCGAUCCCGGGAGGAGCCCCUGGCUGCGCCACUCGGCCCCGAGGACGGGCAAGCGGGUGCCCCCGGGGAGCCCGGCCGCGGCGAGACCCUGGGGGUGGCACCGGCACCGGCCCUGGCCCUGCAGUGGCGGAAUCCGGCCAAGAAGGGCAAGGAGGCGCUGGCGGUUCCCAAGGGGAAACCUAAAUCCGGGCGGGUGUGGAAGGAUCCCGGCAAGAAGCGGUUUUCCCAUAUGAUUCAGGACAAGCCCCUCCGCACCUCCUGGGAGCGAAAGAUGAAAGAGCGCCAGGAGAAGAAAAUAGUCAAGGAUUUUGCCCAGCAUCUUCAGGAAGAAAAACAAAGGGCGCAUGAGGAGAAAAAGCAGCGCCGGGAAGAGAACUUGAAACGACGCCUGGAGAACGAGCGGAAGGCAGAGAUCGUACAAGUGAUCCGGAAUCCGCUCAAGCUGAAGCGUGCCAAGAAGAAGCAGCUGCGCCGGAUCGAGAAGCGGGAUACGCUGGCACUAUUGCAGAAACGCCAGGCGCAGCGCAAAGAGGCCAAGGAGUGAGGCUGCUGCGGGGAAGGGGAAUAAAGCCUCAGGGCAGCUGA